UUAUGAAACAUUAAACAUGUUCGGUUUACGAGUGUUUUUCCGCACGAUGUGCAAAGAAUCCACAAAGGAAAAUAUGUCCGUUCUAGAGGCGAUUCGUUUCUUCGCUCCACGUUUGGAGGCUGACCACUUGAAGGUACAACGAUGGCUUACGAAAAAUCCUGCCCUAUUACAGCUGGACAAAACGGAGCUAGACAAAAAGUUGACCUAUCUAAAGUACGUUUAUAUAUCUCCCGAGGAGAUCUUCGAACAUCCAAACAUUCUGUGCAACCAUCUUGUGACGCUCGAGAAUCGAACCACGAUCUUGCGGGAGUGCGGACUGGUUGAGUCGCUGAAUUUGACCGCCCUCGUGAACUACAUCCGAUUGAUACGGAAAAACAUCGACUUGCUGAAGCGCCACCGACUGAUACCGCAAGAUUUGAACAUGUACGAACAGUUUCAGCGGCAGUUUGAGUGUACGGUCGAGCCGAAGGUUCGCUGGGACGAACAGACGCUGCUGCAAGAUCUGCGCAUUGCAUUCUUCAACGCGUUCCUUGCCAAACGGCUCGACAUGACCGAGACGGAGCUGGCGAAGCUAUGGAAAUCGUACUCAAAAAUUAAACACAAAAGCUUUGGCCACACGCAGCGCGUUGUUGACAUCCUGCAGUACGAGUACAAGUUUAGCCGGGAAAAGUUGAUCGCCAAUCUGUAUCUGCUGCAUUCGGAUCCGGAAAAUUUGCUCCGCCUACCGGCGGAAGUUCCCGCGAUCGGGGGCUUAACGAUGCGAGAGGUGGCCAUGAAGCACCCAAAGGUACUGAUGGUCAACUAUGAGUCUGUGGUGAAGGUGAUGGCGAUAUUGAAAGAGUUAAACAUACCCGAAGGUGAGCUGCUCAAGUGUAUGACCGUGCUGACACUUUCACCGCUGACCGUCGCGGAUCGGCUAGAGCGGUUGAAGAAUGUUAAAGAAUUCGAGGUGCUCACGAAACAUCCGCGAGUGUUGAAGUUAAUACAGUAUCAAACGAAAGCCACCAUAAGGCUGGAGUAUCUGCAGCAGCUGAAAGUACGCUGUGCCUCCUUAGACGUGCUUUCGAGUCACUCGCAGAACUUUGAAAGGUACGUACGCGAAGGGUGUGAUCGAACGAAGGGCAGGGAUACAGCUCACUUUCUCAAAUACAUUUUCGGUGAUCGUGCCGAUGCGGCACUCCAGAAGAUCCGUCGCCAUCCGAACUGGUUCCAUGUGCCGAUCGCACAGAUGCAGGACACGUUCGAGGCGCUGCUGAAACUAAAGUACAGCCGGGAGGAUAUUUUGGAUAACGUUCACAUUUUACUGUACCCACUAAAUCGUAUCGAGGAGAAACUUUCCGCCCUGAUCGACGACCGGAAGGUGCAGGACGAGCUGGGGGUAGAGAUUUAUAGGGCGAGCAAAAUGCAACUGCUUGCGCUCGCGCUCUAUUUGAUUGAGCUCGAAUUUCACUUCACCGGCGACGGCGUAUGGCCGGAGCAGCAGAUCCAGCAGAGCGAUUCCGGCUCAUCCAUUACCAUAGAGCUGCCAAAUAGUUUAAGCACGGAGUACAAGUUUGGUAAAAAACCUGCCAUUGCCCCGGGUAGUUCAUGAUGAUGGCGGAGAAAUGUAGGGAAAGUUUAGAAGAAACUUCAUCCACAAUGAUAGGUAGUAGCUGUACAAAGUUUUGAACGAAGGUAACAUUUAUGGUUUCGAGUUUUAUGCUACCCAGAAUUUAGUGUAACACGUGAAGAAAGCUGUGCAACAAAACAUAAUUUGUUUAGUUUUACAACUUUUCAUUAUAAAGUUCUUGGCCGUUUUGAUUGUUUGUUCAAGUCAUUCAGUAGGUAAUAAACGGAAAAUGCAUUUGUUUUGUUUGCACAGUGAAUUUCUUACUAGGGUUUCUUGAAAAUUGAACGAAUGCAGCAAUGAAUAAUACAUCUUCUUUGUUCUCUUUUUCAUAAAUAAAACUCGAACUCGAAAAAACA